AACGUCUGCCAUGACGUAACAAUAGACGUGGCACGCGGUGGUCACGUGACCCCCGCGGUCGAUGACGCGGCUCCAGCUGAGCAUGUAACCCAGCGAAGAGCCCGCUGACGUCUCAACAUGCUAACGGAAGAUACCAACGAUGAAGACGUGUCUCUGUUCGACGCGGAGGAGGAUGCUGGGAAAACGCAGAAGAAGAAGAGCAUCAAGCAUCCGCUGGCCUCCUUCUUCCACCUCUUCUUCAGAGUCAGUGCUGUCAUUGUGUACCUGCUCUGUGGGGUUUUCAGCAGCAGUUUCAUCGCCUGCAUGGUCACAAUCAUCCUCCUGCUCUCCUGUGACUUCUGGACAGUAAAAAACAUCACGGGCCGGCUGAUGGUGGGUCUGAGGUGGUGGAACCAGGUGGACGACGAUGGACGCAGCCACUGGGUGUUUGAGGCCAGGAAGAGUGCUGGGAAGCAACAAGCAUCAGAUUCUGAGUCCCGGAUCUUCUGGAUCGGACUGAUUGUUUGUCCGGUCCUCUGGGUCGUCUUUGCCUUCAGCACUCUCUUUUCCCUCAAGAUCAAGUGGGUGCCGGUGGUGAUCAUGGGCGUCGUGCUGCAAGGAGCCAACCUCUACGGCUACGUGCGCUGCAAAGUGGGAGGCAAGACCAGCUUGAAGAACAUGGCCACCAAUUAUUUUGGACGACAGUUCCUGAAGCAGGCGAUGUCUAAAGGAGAGGAAUCGUAGAGGGCAACUCGGCGAUCUUAACAUGUUUUGCAUUAUUCUUAAUGCUGUUAUAUAUUUUAGUGAGUUAAUAUAUAUAGAGAGAACAUAAUCUGUUGUUGUUUUCAGGGUUGUUUUUCCUGUAACGUGUGACUCAGUGGAGAGCUUUUUUUUCCAGAGAGACGUCCAGGAGCUGUUUCAAAUAACUGCAGCGCAGCAAUAAAACCCUCAGACGUGAACUGAUACUUUAAAUGCACGAGUGAAAAAAAGAGUGUGAUGGCUUAAAAAGUUAAGCUGACUACUACGAUGUGUUGUGUAGCCCCACUGCUCCCUGAGGUAUCUCACUCAUAACAUGCUUUUUUCCUUUAGUAAUGAUUAAAGUUUUGUUGAAUGUUUGAGCAAACAUUUUUGUUUGUAUUAAAGAAGAGGUUGUAGUUUGUGUAGAAUGUUCCAGGAGCUUGUAAAUAUGUACGUAAAAGAAUCUGUGGCACAACUUUGUGCAAAUACAUUUGUAACAUUUUUGCUGAACUGUGUGGUAGUUUUUAUUUAAAUAGUUCUUAUUGUUUUUAUGUUAGUUAUUCUCUGCACAAUUUGAGAAGUGCGAGUUAAAGCUGCUCACGUUGGAGAAUUGCUUUUAAUGUCCUUACUUCUUCUCUAAAACAGUAGAACAUCAUUUACAAAACCUACCCAAUUAAUUCAAUAAGUGACAAUUAUGUGUGCUACCAACAAAGGAACAUUUUAACAAAAAUAACUUAACAAACCUGCUGGAUGGACAUGAACCCUUUUAAUGUGAAAAUAAACUGGAUGAUUACAAAUGUCAA